AUGAUUCCUGUUAGAGUAUUGUUAGUACGAAUACCAGUACUUCUAUAUCCCACGUCACAAACUUUCAUUAGAUCUUUUUCAAGUACAAGCCCCAUACUAGCAAAAUCAUUAUUGAAGAACUUUGUUGGAUCCAAAAUCAAAUCAAAGAACAAGAAUAAGAAUAAGAAUAAGAAGAAAAAGGAAUAUAUAAUUGAAGAACCUACUAUAUAUCAAAAUGAAACUAUUCAAAAGUAUUAUAAUGGGAUAUCUCCAUAUUUGGUAGAAGAAGAGUCUAGCGAUUUAACCAAUGAGUUAAAAGUGAAAAUGAUGAGUACAAAAAUUGAAGAAUUAUUAAAUAAUGUUGAAGAAAUUGAAGGAAAUGAUGAAUUAAUCGAAGUAUUAGAAUUAAGUAUUAAAAACGGAUUUAAGGAUAUUAAUAAUAAUAAUAGAACAAAUAUACCUAUAGAAUUAUCAAUUUUAUUAUUUGAUAAAUUAUAUAAUGAAAUCAUUAUUAAACAACCUGGAUUUAGUAAACAAAUAAUUGAAUCAUUACUUUUAAAUAUUGAAAAAUUACCAAAUUUAACAAUUAUUCAAUUAGUUACUUAUAUUCAAGAUUCAAAAUCAAGUAAAUUAAAUCAAAUUUUGAAAAGUUUACUAAAUAGAAUAAAUUUUGAUUCAUUCUUGAAGGAUUAUCUUGAAUACUUAUAUGAAAAGAAGAAAUUAAGUUUAGAAAUAUUUGAGGAGUUGAUUGAAUUGGAGAUGAUUAAAGAUGAUAUGAUUAAAUAUCUAAAUAAACAUAUUGAAGAUUUAUUCAAGGAGACUACUCCAGAAGUUCAUUGUUAUUUAAAUUUAGAAUAUAAUAUAGACAGAAUUCAAUAUGUUAUUAAUCAGAUGAUCAAUAAACUACAGUUUAGCGGGAUUAGUUUGGAUUCUUUGUUAACGAUAUUCAAAUUAAAUUGGGAAAUUUUACAAGUAAAUAAAUGUCAAGAAAGUUCAGAUAAUAAUGAUAAAAUAUUGAAUUAUCUUCAAGAUAAAACUAAUCAAGUUAAAGAUGAGAUUUUUAGACAAAAUUUAGAUGAUGAAUCCUUAGCUGAGUGUUUGUUAUUUACAAGUUGGAAAUAUAACAAUAAGAUGUUAGCUAAUGAAAUAACCGAGUUUAUUAGUAAAGAUGAGGUUAAAUUCCUGCAAAUGUUAAGAUAUCAAUCAGAAGUUUACAAAAUUGUGCAUAAUAGCUUGCUGAAUAAUGUGGUUGAACAGAUCAUUGCUAAGCUUCCUGAACAUAUGGAAAAUCCUUCUGAAGUAUAUGAGAAAUCAAUUCAAGCAAUUAUGACAUCGGAUAUUUCUCCAACAAGUGAAAUCAUUGAUCAAUUACAAAUUCAAUUAAGUACAGAAAAGUCCAUUUACUCCUACAAGUAUCUUCUUGAUCGAGCCAUUGAAAUGAAUGAUUAUGAAGUAUCCAUGAAGAUAUUCAAUGCAAGUGUUUCUGAUUUCACACCUUGGGCACAAUAUAAUACUGAUCCAACAAUUUCUAAAACUAUAAACGAUUUAAUUCAAUGUGUUGUUAAUAACAAUCCUAUGAAGCAAGCUUUUCCAAUUUUCCAGUCUAUAAAAGCUCAAUUACAACAACAAAUAAAUAUUGAUACUAUAAAUUCUAUUGUACCAAAGAUUUUACAAGAAGAUUUAACUGGUGAUGUGAUUGAAUUGAUGACUAGAGAAUUACCUAAAAUGGAACAAGAACAACCAGAUAAAUUCCCAAUUGAUAAACCAUUUGGAUAUAAGUAUUAUAAAUUGUAUGAUAUGAUUCAUACUUAUUGUAUUACCAACACCAAUGAUUCAAGAAUGGUUAAUAAUUGGUAUUUAUACGUUCAUUGUUAUAAUUACUUCUUCAUUCCUCAUGAAAGAUUAUUACCAACAAUGAAAUUUUUUUGUGAAAAUCAAAGAUGGAAUGCAGCUUUAAGAAUCUUUAGAUCACUGCUUGAAUUAUCGAAAUUACAUGGUGAACAUAAUCAUAAACCGCCAAGUCGAGAAAUGUAUUUAUAUUUAAUCAAUGAAUUUGGUGAUAAAUUAUAUGAAGAAGGGAUCAUUGAAAUUCAUGAAUCUUUAAAAAUGGAUCUUACUUUAGAUUAUCAAGAUAGAGAGUUGAUUCAUUCAAUAAUGAAUGCAUAUUGUAAUUUACAAGAAGUUAGUAAAGUUAGAGAUUUAUUCCUUACCAUGAGUUUAAAUCCUAAAGAUGAAGGUGGAGUUGAUGAAACAAGUGCAAUGUUGAUGAUUAAAGCUUAUACUUAUCAUGAUUUGAUGUAUGUUGAAAAAUUUUGGAAUAAUUUAACUACAUUUGGUUUAAUACCUGAUUAUAAAUUAUUAAAACAAUAUUUGAUUGCUUAUUCAUAUCAUGGAUUAAUUGAUAAAUCAAUUGAAAUUGUUGAAAAUAUUGAGCAAGAUUAUGAUUUAGAAUUAAAUGAUGAUUUAUUAAUUAAUAUGUAUAAUUAUUGUUAUGAAAUUCAAGGACAACAAAAAUUGCAAAAUUGGGCUACCAAAAAUCAUCCUGAAAUUUGGAAUAAUAUUGUUAAAUCAGGUAAAUUAAUUCAAGCUUCAGGUUAUAAACCAAAUGAAAAUUUCUUAGUUGAUGGUUCAACAAAUGAUCCAAAAAGAUUAAAUGAACCUAUAUUUAAAUAG